GAUCAUUCGUUCUCCUACUUCGCUGCCCACGAAACCCCCGUAAUCUCGGCCGUCCGAGCUCCCACGCAACGGUCAAUCAACGGCUCACCGGAAACACGUAGAAAAGCACUGCCCCCUCCCUCCGUCACCGCAAUGAUUUUGUCCGCAAUAUUUCUGCUUCGAAAUUUUCAGUUUUUCAGUUCGCACCACACGACAAGCAUCGAACUUACUGUGGAGCGAUCCGACUCAGCGAUCCGGGAUGAGUCGUCAGGGCGUCAUGAGGUCGUUGGCGCGGAGCUUCGUCAAUGGCGGCAGCUGCGGCGGCGGCGGCGGCGGUGCCCUCCGGCCGUUCGAGGCGGAGCUCGGGCGGCGCGAGGGCGGCGUCCCUUGCGGAGCGAUCUACGCGAGGAGGAUGCUGAGUUCUCCCGCGACGGAUCCUGCUCCCGCUGAUAAGGCGAGGAAGGAGAGCGCGGUUGCCGAGGAGGAGAAGAAGAACGGUGGAGGUGCGGUGGUUCCUUCGAGCUACUGGGGGAUCUCGAGGCCUAAGAUCACUAGAGAAGACGGUACCGAGUGGCCUUGGAAUUGCUUCAUGCCUUGGGAAACUUAUAGGGCAGACGUAUCAAUUGACUUGAAAAAGCACCACGUGCCGAAGACAUUCGGGGAUAAAUUUGCAUAUCAUACAGUGAAGCUUCUGAGAGUUCCUACUGAUGUUUUCUUUCAGAGACGCUAUGGUUGUCGCGCCAUGAUGCUUGAAACUGUAGCAGCUGUUCCAGGAAUGGUGGGAGGAAUGCUGUUGCACCUAAGGUCUCUCCGCAAGUUUGAACAGAGUGGUGGUUGGAUCAAAGCCCUGCUGGAAGAAGCAGAGAAUGAAAGGAUGCACCUGAUGACCAUGGUGGAGCUGGUGAAACCAAAAUGGUACGAGAGGCUACUGGUUCUUGCAGUGCAAGGAGGAUUCUUCAAUGCUUACUUCGUCCUCUAUUUGCUCUCCCCUAAAUUAGCACAUAGAGUUGUUGGCUAUCUGGAAGAGGAGGCCAUCCACUCGUAUACAGAGUUCUUGAAGGAUCUUAACAGUGGUGCGAUUGAAAAUGUUCCCGCUCCAGCUAUUGCCAUUGACUACUGGAGGUUACCCAAGGAUUCAACUCUGAAGGACGUGAUAACAGUUAUCCGUGCCGAUGAAGCUCACCAUCGUGACGUCAACCACUUUGCUUCUGACAUUCAUUUCCAGGGAAGGAAAUUGAAGGAUUCCCCAGCUCCGCUUGGUUAUCACUGAAUAAUUUACUUCCUGUUCCAGACAUGCCUUUUUGUUCGUGUUACUACUAGCCAUAGCCGACUGUGAAACUUCGAUUAGGCGUUAUGGUGUCCUCGACAGGAUGUUAAAUUUCCUCGAUUGCGAGUUGUACUACUGAACGUGUAUUGCAUGACCAAAAUUAAAUCGCAUCUAUGCAUUAAGUAUUUGUGUUGCGCA